UUCUGAUGACGAUAUCCCAGUAAAGGAUACGAAGACUAUUUUAAAACCACCAACCAAAAAGCCGUUAAAGGGUUCAUCUUCCGAGGAUAGCUCUGAUGAUGUUCCGGCGUCUAAAAAUUCCAUGGCCAAGGUUAUUACAAAAACGGUUGGAAACAAUUUGCCUGCGACUAACAUUAGGAAUCGAAAAUCCUCUUCCGAAGACAGUUCUGAUGAUGAGGAUAUUCCAGUCAAGGAUACGAAGACUAUUAUGAAGCCACAAACCAAAACUCUUUCUUCUAAGAAUAAGGGUUCAUCCUCCGAGGACAGCUCUGAUGAUGUUUUGGUGUCUAAAAAAUCUGCUGCCAAUGUUACUUCAAAGUCUAUUGGGAACAAUUUGCUUACGACUAACAUUAAGAAUCGAGAACCCUCUUCUUCUGAAGGCAGUUCUGAUGAUGAGGAUAUUCCAGUCAAGGAUACGAAGGCCAUUUUAAAAACACCAACCAAGAAGCUUUUAAAGGAUUCAUCCUCGGAGGACAGCUCUGCUGAUAUUUUGGCUCCUAAAAAAUCCAUGGCCAAAAUUACUGCGGAUAUUUUAAAGACUGUUGGAAGCAAGUUGUCUGGGACUAACAUUAAGAAUCGAAAAUCCUCUUCUUCUGAAAAUAGUUCUGAUGACGAUAUUCCAGUAAAGGAUACGAAGACUAUUUUAAAACCACCAACCAAAAAGCCGUUAAAGGGUUCAUGUUCCGAGGAUAGCUCUGAUGAUGUUCCGGCGUCUAAAAAUUCCAUGGCCAAGGUUAUUUCAAAAACGAAUAAGGGUUCAUCUUCCGAGGAUAGCUCUGAUGAUGUUCCGGCGUUUAAAAAUUCCAUGGCUUCAAAAACGGUUGGAAACAAUUUGUCUGGGACUAACAUUAAGAAUCGAAAAUCCUCUUCUUCUGAAGAUAGUUCUGAUGAUGAGGAUAUUCCAGUCAAGGAUACGAAGACUAUUAUGAAGGCACAAGCCAAGACUCUUUCAAUAAUGAUUCAUCUUUCGAGGAAAGUUCUGGUGAAGUUUUAG